AUGAGGAAGGAGAUGGACGAGCUGAGGAACACCAUUAAGGAGAAGAUAGACUGGAGCCUGGAUAGAAUGGUCAAGGCAACAGACUCUCCCUUCACUACUGCCAUCCUGGAGUGCCCAGUGCCAUCAAAAUUUCGAUUACUCCAGCUUGAACCGUUUGACGGACUUAAGGACCCCCAGGACCACCUCAACACCUUCAAGACGACACUAGGCCUUCAACAACCUCCUGAUGAAAUAUUGUGUCGUUCCUUCCCUACCACCCUCAAAGGAGCUGCAAGGGAGUGGUUUACAAAGUUGCCAACUUCGUCCAUCGAUAGUUUUGAGCAGUUGAGCAAUGCCUUCUUACGCCACUUCGUCGGAGGACAACUUCCCAAGAGGCCAACAGACCACUUGCUUACUAUUAGACAAGGGGAGAAAGAAACCCUUAGGUCGUACGUGAAGCGAUUCAUGAGGGAGACCUUAGAGGUAGACGAAGUUGACGACAAAGUGCAGUUGACGACCUUUAAGACAAGGCUGAAGUCUAGAGAGUUCGUGAUAUCAUUCGCGAAGAAUCCUCCUAAGACGAUGGCAGAGAUGCUCCUGAAGGCACAGAAGUACAUGAAUGCAGAAGAAGCACUAGCUACCAUAAGGGACGUAGAAAAGCCAACAGACAAGGGAAAGAGGGAGGACGAUCGUAGAGGACAAAAAAGGGAUCACCCAGAUUGUCGGACCAGCAACGGGGGUAAAUGGAGAGACGAAAAAACUCCUCAAACGGUAAAAUUCACUCCUUUAGUUAUGCCAGUUGACAAAAUUUUGGCACAGAUUAAGGAUGAUAUUAUCUCAAAUGGCCAAGGCCAUUACAUUCGUCCCCCAACGUCCGAGACAAGAAGAAGUACUGUCAGUUCCACAAAGACCAUAGUCCCUACACAGAAGACUGCCGGGACCUGA